UUCACCGCCAUCAACAACUCGGGUCUUCCGUUCCUGGAUGAGCUGCUGCCCCUUGCCAACUGGUGUCCCACCAUUCGAAAUGCCUUGCUUGCCCUGGCAGGUCUACUCCGUGUUCAGAUCCGACAAGAAAUGAGCCUGUGCUAUGAGGACCAGCGUCUCCCGGAAUCAACUGCGGCUCUAGAGAGGUACCAGGUCGCUCUGUCCACCUUGAGAGAAAGAAUAUUGGCGCUGCAGUCCAACAAUGCUUGCGAGAAUGACGCACUUGAAGUGCUGGGGUCAGCCCUGCUGCUGACUGUCGCCGGCUUUCCCAGAACCAUGCGGCCAGAAGAUACCCACGAAUGGUCCCACCACAUGCACGGCAUGAUAUCGCUCGUUGAGUCCUUGGAUUCAUCCAUCACGACUCAUAGUAGCAUCGGCCGGCUAGUCAAGGAAUCGGUUGCGCGCUUGGAUAUUGGAGCAUUCGCUCUGGGGCGUACUCAAAAGGGCCACAACGCCUGGUUAAGGUGGGAAAUCCACCCCCCUGAGACACCCCCGAGCCCCGAUUUCUGUGCCCUCGAGGUGAUUAUGGGGUAUCCCAAGUCCCUCCUUACCAUCAUAGCAGCCAUCUCGACCAUCCUUGAGGAGCCAGAUGAUGACACCUUGUCGUUCGUUAUCGAUCUAGUGAGCCGACUACACCGGCAAAGCCACCCUGUUCAACAUACAACCACCGCCACUCUUCAUCCGGAACCUGCCUUGGCUAUCAACGGCAUUCCGGAUGCCACUCUCUCCCAGAUUGAGUCUUCUCUCAUUCUCUGGAAGCCUCCCAAAAUUCCGGGCAGGUUGGCAAGCCACAUGGCCGUUGCGUUGACCGGAGCGUGGGAGGUGAUGCGCAAAGCCGCUCUGGUGUAUUUCUGGAGAGGAGGUUUCCGUGGUAAUGUUCUCGCCCCUUUGCCACCUCAUAGGCGCGAUGUCUCGGAACACUACAUGCGCGAGAUUAUGUUUGGCCUUUACACCCUCCUUAACCUUUACAAAACCCACUCGAUUACUAUGAUAAACAUCAUGACCUGGCCGCUCAUCGUGGUAGGCAACGAAUGCGGCGGCAGUACUCAGUUACAGAACGAGGUAGAAUCCAUGCUGCGAAAGCUUCAGCAGCGUUUCCAGAUAGAGCACCUCAAGCAUCUAUCACCAAUGUUAAAGGAGCUCUGGCGGAGGUUUGGAGAACAUGGAAAUGCAGCCGAGGACCCUGGUCACGUUAAUAGUCUUAGCUUAAAUAGCUUAAGCAAAGAGCUAGGAGUAUGUUUACCACUUUUCUAG